AUGGGUAUUAUUGGUUUAUCUAAAUUAAUCGCUGAUAUCGCCCCACAAGCGGUUAAAGAAAUGGAGAUCAAGAACUACUUUGGCCGAAAAGUUGCUAUUGAUGCAUCCAUGAGCCUAUACCAAUUUUUAAUAGCAGUUCGGAGCGAAGGUGCCCAAUUAACUUCUGUGGAUGGUGAAACCACGUCCCACUUAAUGGGUACAUUUUACCGUACAAUACGACUUGUGGAGAAUGGUAUUAAGCCAGUGUAUGUCUUUGAUGGAAAACCACCAGAAAUGAAGUCACAUCAACUAAAUAAACGAGCUGAAAGAAGGGAGGAAGCAGAGAAGGAAUUGCAAAAGGCUACUGAAGCUGGUGAUCAAGCAUCUAUAGAGAAGUUUAACCGUCGGCUAGUGAAAGUUACUAAGCAACAUGGAGAGGAAGCAAGGGAAUUGCUUAAGCUGAUGGGAGUUCCUGUAGUUGAGGCUCCUUGUGAGGCAGAGGCACAGUGUGCUGCUUUGGUAAAGUCAGGCAAGGUGUACGCAGUGGCAACAGAAGAUAUGGAUGCCUUAACAUUUGGCUCUAAUGUACUGUUGCGCCAUCUUACAUUCUCCGAAGCUAGAAAAAUGCCUGUCCAAGAGUUCCACCUAGAUCAAGUAUUAUCAGGCUUAGAACUUAAACACGAUGAGUUUAUAGACUUGUGCAUCCUCCUUGGUUGUGACUACUGUGGAUCAAUUAGAGGUAUCGGUCCCAAGAGAGCCAUAGAAUUAAUUAGGCAACACCGUUCCCUUGAAGAGGUAUUGAGGAAUAUUGACACAAACAAAUAUCAGCCACCGGAGAAUUGGGAUUACUUGGAUGCUAGACGCCUAUUUCUUGAACCGGAGGUGACUGAUGCUGGCGAAAUAGAACUAAAAUGGUCGGAUCCAGAUGAAGACGGUCUAGUUAAGUUCCUAUGUGGAGAUAAACAGUUCAACGAAGAGAGAGUUAGGAAUGGAGCCAAGAAGCUACUCAAAGCCCGAAGCGGUACUACUCAGGGGAGACUAGACGGUUUCUUUAAGGUACUCUCAACAACGCCGAACCCAAAACGUAAAGCCGAAGAAGAGAAGAAGAAUGCAAACAAAAAAGCUAAAACUGGCGGUGGACGCGGUAGAAAACCUAAAUAG